ACAAAGUUUAGUUUAUCCUUCAUACAUAUCUUUUUUGUCUUGUGAGACAAAAUUACAAGUCAUGUAGAAAAUGACAUUUUAAAUUAAAUAGAUACAAAUCCAUAACAAUUACAAGUAGACCAUAGGUGCAAAUGCAAUGUACCAAACACACAUAAACAAGAUCCGAUUACAAGAAAAUUCACAUGUAGUAAAAAUCUAGCACCAUCCUUCAUUCAUAUUUCUUCUAUCUUCUUUUAUCUAAAAGAAAAAUAAAUAAAUCAUUUGAUUCGAAUUUUCAAAUUUCAAAUUUAAAUGCAUUUAAAAAAAAAUAGAAAAAAAAUCAAAUUAUUGGUAGUAGUAGCUGGCAUAUUGCCUCUUCAUCCAUCUAGUCUAUAAAUUAGCAUGAAAUCAUCAUUAAUCUUCCCCCUUCUCUCCUCUCCUCUCUCUUUCUCUCUCUCUCUUAAAUUAAAAUAAUUUUUUUUAAAGUGUGAAAAAAAAUGGAGAAACCCAGUUUCAAAAUAGAAGCAUCAGAUGCAAAAUCGAUGGGCCAGUCAACGGGCCUAACCCUAACCCAACUACUUCCAACCAUCGUCAAAUCGGCCCAACCUUUAGCCCGUGUCCCCAUCUCCAAGUUCCACGUAGCAGCCGUCGGAGUUGGAAUCUCCGGCCGAAUCUUCGUCGGCGUCAACGUCGAAUUUCCAGGCCUUCCAUUUCACCACACCAUCCAUGCUGAACAGUUUCUCUUAACAAACCUCUUUCAAAACAAAGAAACACAGCUUCAAUAUCUCGCCGUCUCCGCCGCACCUUGCGGCCAUUGCCGUCAGUUCCUCCAAGAAAUCCGUGGCGCCUCCGAUAUUCCACUUCUCAUAACACCUGAAUCUGAAUUCACCUCUCUUUCUAAAUUCCUCUCUCAUCCUUUCGGUCCUCACGAUCUUCUUCCCAAACACGUUCCUCUCCUCUUGGAGCCUCAUAAUAACGAUUUGUCGUUUCUCGAUACCGGAUCCAACACCGGAUCCAACGGUUAUAAUAAUAACGAUAAUACUAAUCAAUCUUCGAUUUCGAAGUUGAAGGUUGCGGCUCUUGAAGCUGCGAAUGAAUCUCACGCGCCGUACAGUGAAUCACCUUCCGGCGUAGCUUUAUUGGAUUCGCGCGGUAAUGUUUAUAAAGGCUCUUAUAUGGAAUCUGCUGCUUAUAACCCUAGUUUGGGACCGGUACAAGCUGCUAUUGUAGGUUUUAUCGCCGGUGCCGGAGAUAAUGCGGCGGAGUAUGGUGAAUUAGUGGAAGCGGUGUUGGUUGAGAAAGACGAUGCGGUGGUGAAACAAGAAAGUACGGCGAGGUUGUUGCUAAGUUCAAUCGCACCUCAGUGCGGCUUCAACACGUUCCUUUGCAUCUCCAAUAAUAAAAAAUCUAAUUGAUUUUAUUAUUAUUGUUUUUAUUUAAUUAUUUGAAUGGAUCUGUAUGAUUGAAUAUUCAACAAAAUGAGAAGUUAUCUUUAUAGUUAUGGA